AUGAGCUCCAAGCCCUCUCUCCAAGCUGCAGAGGACUUUCUCUCCUUUGUGAAUGCCUCGCCCACGCCAUUCCAUGCUGUCAAGUCAGCAAAGGAACGACUGGAGAAGGCCGGCUUCAAGCAGAUCAAGGAACGAGACUCAUGGGCACCCACCCUUCAGCCCGGUGGCAAAUACUACCUCACCCGUAACACCUCCUCCAUCGUCGCCUUCGCCAUCGGCCAGAAAUGGAAGCCAGGAAAUCCCAUUGCCAUGAUCGGCGCUCAUACGGAUUCGCCCUGUCUGCGCAUCAAGCCCGUUUCUAAGCGACAGAGCGACGGCUUCCUCCAAGUAGCCUGCGAAACGUACGGUGGCGGGCUCUGGCAUACUUGGUUCGAUCGCGACCUCAGCAUUGCUGGUCGGGCUAUGGUGCGGACAAAGGAUGGCAACAUCGAGCAGCGCCUGGUCAAGGUGGACCGACCCAUUCUGAGAAUACCCACACUGGCAAUUCACCUGGAUCGUCAGGAGAACUUCCAAUUCAACAAGGAGACACAGCUGUUCCCCAUCACUGGUCUGGUUGCAGCAGAGCUGAACCGCCAGGGCAAGACUGAAGAGACCAAGGAAGAGACCAAGGACGCAGACGCUGAGGGUUCAUUCGAGCCGCUCGCCGCUCCAACUGCUAGGCAUCACCCCUACAUUGUCGAUAUCAUCGCCGAGGAGGCAGGCGCAGAAGCCAGCGAUAUUGUCGACUUCGAGAUGGUUCUGUACGACACACAAAAAUCAGUCAUCGGUGGUCUGAACAACGAGCUCAUCUUCUCCCCGCGUCUGGACAACCUCAUGAUGACCUACUGCAGUGUUGAGGGACUCAUCAAGAGUCUUUCCUCUCCAUCGGCGUUGGAGAAGGAUUCCAUUAUUCGACUCAUCGCAUGCUUUGACCAUGAGGAAAUUGGCUCACAGACAGCCCAAGGCGCUGACUCCAACCUUUUGCCUGCCGUUAUCCGCCGUCUAAGUGUCCUGCCCGCGUCCGAGAGCAACUCUGACAAGUCGUAUGAUAAGGUGGAGGCCGAUACUGCUACCGCGUUUGAGCAAACCUUGGCAACAUCUUUCCUCGUGUCCGCCGACAUGGCUCAUUCAGUCCACCCCAACUACCCCGCCAAGUACGAGUCUCAACAUAGGCCCGAGAUGAACAAGGGAACGGUCAUCAAGAUCAAUGCCAAUGCCCGUUAUGCCACUAACACGCCAGGUAUUGUCUUGCUCCAGGAGGCGGCGCGUCGUGCGAAACCCGCUUCCUACAAUUUGUCGUCGACCAAAGAAGGAGUUCCACUUCAACUUUUCGUUGUUCGCAACGACUCGUCGUGUGGCAGCACAAUUGGUCCCAUGCUCUCAGCAGCCAUGGGUGCUCGCACCCUUGAUCUGGGCAAUCCUCAGCUCAGCAUGCACAGUAUCCGUGAGACGGGUGGUGCGCAUGACGUCGAGCACGCCGUGAACUUGUUCGAUAGCUUCUUCGAGAACUACGAGGAGCUGGAGAAGAAGAUUAUUGUAGAUUGA